AUGACGCGCAGAUCCAAAAGGAGUGGCUGCGGGCUGCCGAGCUGCAGAACAAUCCACACAGGAACACGCCUGUCUGGGUCACACAGUCGACUUGAUGGUGCAGGAUUUAUAUUUAUAUAUAUAUAUAGAGAUAUAUUUUGAACGGAAACACCAACAAUGCGUGCCAGCUGUAAGAAGUGUCUUGGACUGCUGUUGGUCAGUGGACUACUACUAGCCCUGUUUCAUGUUUGGAGGCCUGGGACCAGCUCAGUAGUUGACAUACGGCCAAGACAGGGGGAUCUAAUGAAGAAACUCUUUGAGGCGAAAAUUCAAGACACCAUCAGUGGCUAUCAUGACAUUGCCUACCAUAUAAAGGAGGAUGUGGCAUGUCGUUUGCCUCAAAAUACGUGUGUGUGUCUGGCUGAUGAGGAGACCUUUCGCCUGCCGUUCGCCAACCAGCUGUUCCCACGCGUGUGGGCCCACAGCAUUGAUCUCGCCUUCUUAGAGUCCCAUCCAGACCCCGAGGGCCUGAAGCAUCACAGAGCUCAGGAGUACAGCAACUUUCAGAAGAGGUCCUACAAUCCUGCAGAUGUGCUUAUUGUAGCUGAGGCCAACAGUCCUCUUCAGUAUCCUACCCAGGGCGUGGAGGUGCGACCCCUCAAAACGAUCAUCAUUCCUGGUUUGGGUCUUAAAGAAGAAGGAGGAUCAAACCAUAUGGUAUAUCUGACAGCAUCACUGGGGACGUUUGACGUUGCUGCUACAGUGGACGGGGUCUCUGUUAAAGGAGAGGGAGAGAAGCAUAUGAUACUGUCUAGUCCUAUUCUCUCCGCUCUCAACAGGCAGCUGCAGUUCGUCACCUAUACAAACACUGUUUUCCAUCCAAGAACAGCAGAUACAGUUCAGUUUGCAUCUGCAGGCCACCAGUCAUCUUUCACCAUUAAAGUUGAACAUGGAACCGUACCUAAACUUUACAACACUGGAUAUCAAGGAGAGUACAAUAUCAGUGCUCUGGUUACCUUCGCCACCAAGACCUUUUUACGCUAUGACAAACUCAAAGACCUCAUUGACAGCAUACGGCAAUAUUAUCCCACCGUCACCAUAGUGAUAGCAGAUGAUAACGAGCACCCUCAGCCACUGACCGGGCCUCACAUUGAGCAUUACAUCAUGCCGUUUGGAAAGGGUUGGUUUGCAGGACGGAACCUGGCAGUGUCUCAAGUGACCACCAAGUAUGUGCUCUGGGUGGAUGAUGAUUUCAUCUUCACUGCAAACACCAAGGUGGAGAAGAUGGUGGACAUCUUAGAAAAGACCACUCUGGAUCUGGUCGGCGGUGCAGUGAGAGAGGUGACAGGUUACACUGCAACAUACCGUCACACCAUUUCAGUGGAAGAAGGGACAGAGGAGGGCGACUGCUUACACAUCAGAAAUGGCUACCACCAUGUCAUAGAGGGAUUUCCCGACUGUGUGGUAGCUGAUGCCGUCAUCAACUUCUUCAUGGGAAGGACAGAUAAGGUGCAGCAGGCAGGCUUUAACCCCCGCCUGGCACGGCACGGUCAUCUGGAGUUUUUCAUUGACUCUCUGGGCUCCCUCCACAUUGGCUCCUGUAGUGACAUCAUUGUAAACCACGCGUCAAAGAUCAUCAUGCCCUGGAGUAAAACAGACUCACAAAAGGCCUACGACAAAUUCCGCUACUCAUCUUCCAGUGCUGAUAAUGACAUUCAUAAGGAAGACUUCUACUUCAAGAACAGGUUCAAGUGCAUGACCAGUCACUGAAACUUGCUCUGUUUGCUGCCUUGUGAGGGG